CUAAAAUUUCUGAUAUUCCCAUACCCAUUGGCCCGCCUUAUCUCCGAGCCACUCAGCUUUGGUUGGCGCACCGCGCGGUGCGUUUCAAAUUAAACGCCUCAACUUCGACUAUAUUCCACCCCGCACGCACACAACCCCUAAAUUACUGCUUUUUUGCUACUACUCAUGUCUGCGAAUCCGCUGCACACAUAUCGCCACCUGCUGCGCGAGAUCAACCGCCAGUUCACCCGCGUCAAUGGCGAUCGCACCUGGGCGGCCCAGCUGCGCCAGCAGUGGCAGAGCGCAAGCACAGACAGCAGCGGCCACCACCACUCCCAGGACGCCCUCACCUAUCUGUUCAACAAUCGCAAGUACAAGGAUCUUCUGGCCGAGUUUAACCCAAAGUCAACCGAGGGUAACCUGAUUGAGCGGACUGCCCGGCGCGUCGGCCUCCAAGCGCCAAAGUCAUACGCUGAAAAACAAAGCUUGAAGAAUUAAACACAUUUUAAUAAGCGGUUCAAUAUACAUUUCUAAUUACGGCA